GUCAAGUAUUAGUGAUGCUAACUCUUGAAGCUACUUCGACUUUUCUCUCUGUAUGCACACGGCACGUCCUGGUACGCUGCGCACAGUACUCAAGUCCAACCCGUUGUACGUAACACGCUCUCAGUAUCGGAAAGACUGUCUAAUUAAGAUGGCGUACUUAGGUACCGUGUGCAGAGGUUUCAUCCUCAUUCUCAUCCUUUCAAACUUUUUGACGAUCUCAGGGGCGACGUCGACGAGAGAAUCGAGGGAUACACACGAGCAUGACCAUGACCACGAGCAUGACCAUGACCACGAACAUGAACACGAGCACGACCAUGAGGACUUUGUGGAAAUUGGAAAUUAUCUUUUGGAAGCCGAGCUUGCCGAACUGAGAGAGGAAUUCGACUUUUCGCACAAUCUGGAGCAGAACAUUUCUUAUUCCCAAGUUCUUUCUUUGGUCGAAAUAGUUUUCGGGCGAAUCGAUUGUGAACAUCGGGUAGAGAACUGCACAAAGUGUCAGAAUGAUUUUACAGAAGAUGUCUUCUCAACCAUGGGGAUCGAUGUCGACCACGGGUUCGACGAGGCCACAUUCCUCCACGUCAGCCCCAUCCUCCUAUACGGGACCUACGAGAUGGUUUCCGUCUGCCACGCCGGCCCGGGUGGGACCGACCUCACCGAGAGCGUGGUCAUGACGUCACUUAUGACCACGGCGCCUGAUUCUUCGAACGCGACUUUGAGCGAGGUUGACCUAGAAAUGAUUCUGAACACAAUACGUGAGAAUUAUACAGCAACGACCAUGGCCACGUGCUUCAACGUCGAAUCCGUAUUCGAGGAAAACGUGGCUGACCACGAGACAGGGGCUAACGACCACGAGACGCACCACAUCGCCCAGGUCGUGAUCAACGGACUCCUUCAUGGUCAUUGCAUAGGAGAGCCUUCGAUGCCGUCGACCGCGGCGUUCACCGAAUAUAUAUUCGACAUAUAUGGAACGUCAGGGGUCAUCCCAGAGGAAGAGUUCAUUCAUAUAAUGAUGGAUCUGGGUAUCGGUGAGCAUGCAGGCCACGAUCAUGACCACGACCAUGAGCACGACCACGCCCGUAGGAGAAGGGACAUCGUGGCAGCUGAUGACCAUAACCACGAUCAUGAUCAUGGCCAUGAUCAUGAUCUCGAUCACACCCGAAAGAGGAGGGAAGCCAUAGCAGCUGAUGACCAUGACCACGACCAUCCUGGUCACGAUCAUGACCACGAUCACACCCGAAAGAGGAGGGAAGCCAUGGCAGCUGAUGACCAUGAUCACGACCACCCUGGUAACGAUCAUGACCACGAUCACACCCGAAAGAGGAGGGAGGCCAUGUCAGCUGAUGACCAUGAUCACGACCAUCCAGGACACGAUCAUGACCACGAUCACACCCGUAAGAGGAGGGAAGCCAUGGCAGCUGAUGACCAUGAUCACGACCACCCUGGUCACGAUCAUGACCACGAUCACACCCGAAAGAGGAGGGAAGCCAUGGCAGCUGAUGACCAUGAUCACGACCAUCCUGGUCACGAUCAUGACCACGAUCACACCCGAAAGAGGAGGGAAGCCAUGUCAGCUGAUGACCAUGAUCACGACCAUCCAGGACACGAUCAUGAUCACGAUCACACCCGAAAGAGGAGGGAAGCCAUGGCAGCUGAUGACCAUGAUCACGACCAUCCUGGUCACGAUCAUGACCACGAUCACACCCGUAGGAGGAGAGAUGUCAUGUCAACGGGCUUGAAGAGAAGGAGCAUUAAGAAACGAGCUACGGUAAUGGCUGAUGAUGGCCACAACCAUGAUGGCCACGAUCAUGAUCAUCAUAAUCACUCGCACGUACCGGAUGUUGCAACGACAUGUUUUUCAAGUGAGGAACUUCUCGACAUCUACGGCAUCGAUCACGAGGCGGGGCUUACCCAAGAACAGUUCAACGCACUGUCUCCAUCACUGGUGCAACAAAUUUUGAGUGGCGCAUGCGCAGAGACCACAGUCACUGAGCCGUCUGAAAUACCCAUAGCUCAAGUGUGGGGAUAUGGCACUUUGGCCGUGUUAAUCAUCAGUUUAUCCUCGGUCCUUGGUGGCCUGUUCAUACCGUGUAUGUCGGACUCGUUCUACGACAAAACCAUACAGACCAUGAUCGCAUUGGCCGUGGCGACAUUGACUGGUGAUGCUAUCUUGCAUCUUCUCCCACAGGCUGUAGGACUACACUCACACGACCACGGCGAGGGAGAGGGUGCACAUAAACCAACCGAUCCUGAGAUGGCCUAUAUCUGGAAGUGUCUGGUUGUGGAGAUGGCUCUGUAUGUGUUCUUCGUCUUCGAGCAAACGACUACUUUCUUGGGGAUCUUCGGACACUCACACAACCAGUCAGUAGAGGACAUGGAGAUGACAAUCAACGGGCAACGUCGGCGUAGCUUGUCCACUCGGAAUUCCUUCAUCAAGAACGGUUCGCCGGUGAACGGUACGGCUUUCACCCAACCGACUAUCACCGAGUCAAAAACUGAUCUGGCAAACCACGAGGAAAAACUUGACGAAGCUGUUGAAAUUCCAACUGCAGAAACUAAUUGCUGCGUAGAAGGUUGCAAUCCUGUUGCUAUGAUGAUAAUCUUCGGCGAUGCGUUGCAUAACUUUGGAGACGGACUGGCUAUCGGUGCUGCCUUCUCACUCAGUCUCGCUGCUGGACUUUCAACAAGCGUAGCUGUCCUCUGCCACGAGCUUCCGCACGAACUAGGUGAUUUGGCCGUCCUCAUAAAGCAAGGAAUGCGGCUCCGCACGGCGCUCCUCCUGAACAUGCUCUGCGCUUGUACGGCUUUCCUCGGAUUGUGGGUCGGAAUACCACUUGGACAAACUGAUGUUGCCCGAGAGUGGAUCUUCGCUGCAGUGGCAGGCAUGUUCCUCUACGUUGGACUCGUUGACAUGCUUCCUAUAUUACUAAACUACGAAGGAAAGAGCAACAAGGGCACCGUGGCAAUCUUGCAGAAUAUAGGCUUCUUAUUGGGCAUUGGAAUCAUCCUGAUCAUUGCUCUUUAUGAAGACUCCAUCUCAUUCGCUCUUUAGAAAUAAACAGGAUCAGAGGGUUCCAUGACAUUUGCUCCGGCGACUAUUGCUCCGAUGGAAAAUCUGCACGCUUAAUAUGAAAAACAAAAACAAAGCCUUACCAUCAAAAACCAAGUAAACACUAAUCACAUGUAUUCUGAACCAAAAACUCUAUUACAGUCCUAACUCCAACCCUAUGCCCUCUGAGAGGACCUUAAGCCGUUGGUUGCUUGCUUACAAUCAUUCAUGCAUUCUUAGCAAUCAGGUUAAAAAUCACCAUGUACCAUGUACUAUAAUAUAGAUAUUAAGACCAGAGCAAAUGUUGCGGGAGCAUUUGUCGUGUCACUGAUCAGAGCGGACCAGCGGAUGGAAUUAGAGGGGAGGGCGGGGACAAAUGGGGGACAGAGGGCGCUAUACGUAAUCCUGUUUGAUUGUCUUCUGGUAUUCUGGUGUAAAGAUUUGUAGAUCGAGUAUAACUACUCAUAAUUUGAACACCAAUUUAGGUGGACACUUCUACGCAAUAAUCUACUUAUUUACUUUUUUGCAAAUAUAUAUAUUUAUAUAUAUCGCAGUUAUUGUAUUUUUUUCAGUUAAAGGAGUGGAACGAAAUUUUCUUUAUUAUCCGUCCAAUCCGGCUGUUUUACAACUAAGAAUAAAAAUACAAUAUAUCAGUAUCACCCGCAAACCGUCAAAACAGCACUGUUGCUCCAUGUGAGAAUGUUUAAUUUGUAGUCUAGAUUCUGAUUUGCCGUCCAUCCCUCCCACUCCGCAACCCUCGACUUGGGACUGGAUCUUUUAAUACCGUUAAAUACGGACAAAUGCUUCACAAUAAUAUUGGUUAACCGUUAGUAUCGUACAUACAAUGCUUUUUCCUUAAAAGUCAAGUCUACCCCAGAAAAAUGUGGAUUUGAAUAAAUAGAGAAAAAUCAAACUAGCAUAACCGUUACGCUGAAAACUCCAUCAAAAUCGGAUGUAAAAUAAAAAAGUUAUGACAUUUUAAGGUUUCGCUUAUUUUUUGGAAACGGUAAUAUGCACUUGAGACAGAUAAUGAUCUUUUUAUUGUUUGAAAUAUAUAAUAUUCUUUUUUACAGAUUUGACAAUAACCAACUUGACUGAACCAUAUAUCAUUAAACAAUACUAAGUCCACAUUUUCAGGGACAAAUUGAUCGUUGUUUCACUUAGCAAUGAGAAGAAAAUUAGAAUAUUUCAUAUUUCUAAUAAUAAAAUACAAAAAGAUAGUGAGUGGAUGACAUCAUCAGUCUCCUCAUUUGCAUACCGAUCAGGGUGUGAACUGUUAGGUGAAAUUAAGCGAAGCUUAAAAAUGUCAUGACUUUAUUAUUAUACAUCCGAUAGUUUUGACUUGGGGUGGACUUGGCCUUUGAGGGUAAUGCAGUUUUAUUUAAAUAUCAUCAUAUUAUUGUCAUAAAUUAAAUCAUUCUGUACAUCUAUUGAUUAUCCUUAGUGACAAGUAUGCAUUCCAUUAUAAAAGGUACCUUCUAAUAUAUUAAAGAGGAAUAUCGCUCCCUGUCGAAAUGUCUAUUGAUAUUUGUCAAAAUAACAGAAAAAUGACAGUAUUGGUGAAGGUUUGAGGGAAAUCCAACAUAGAUUUAAAAAUUGGAAUUUCAAGUUUUUAUUUGUGACGUCAUAUGCGAGCAGCUUCCCCCAUAUGUCGUGUAUCAAAAUAUAUCAAUGAAAUGUCAUUUCCUAAAAGAACUUGAUAUUUUUUUCUUUUUUUCAAUCUUAGUAUAUCAACAGAUAAUCAUUUUACACUUGCUCUGGAAACAAAAUUAAUUUUGAUCAUUUUUAAACACUACAAAGUUGAAAUAUAUGCAUCUUAUAUUGGGUAACAUAUGGGGCAGCAUCUCGCAUAUAACAUGAUGUCAUAAAUCAAAAUCUUAACUUUCUUAAUCUUUGAUGGAAUUCUCUCAAACCUUCACAAGUAUGUGUUAUUCUUUUAUAAAAAAAACUGUUUAACAGUUAUUUAAGUCCUCCUUAAUACUACCAAUAUUCUAUCACAUUAUAGUUUUAUUUCAAAGAAGUUUUUUAGGCGAUAUAUGGUCAUAGGGAAGGAGUACGUAAUUUAUUGUUGACAUUGUUUAUAGUUAUAGUGCAAACUACAGGCCACUGGCAGCUUUUCGAUUGAUCAGCGAUCCGAUUUUGGAAUUUAAAAAAUGUUAAAUUUUUUAUGGUGAUGUUAAGACAUGGAAAACCUAAGUUGCAGCAAUGAAUAUCUAAUGCACUAAAUCAGUUAAUUCAAUUUUUAAGCUUUUGGUAGAAAAAUAUUGAAUAAACCUAAUUUCAUAUAAUAAAAUACAAAUAGCAAGUGGGGAUUUGACAUCAUCAAUUUGCUGAUUGAAUAUUCAUGAUGACAUGCAUAGAACUGCUUCACCGGAAUAAUGCAAAUAUUUAAAAUGCCAUAACUUUGUUAUUCCUUGUCCGAUUUUGAUCAAAUUUUCAGUGUUUUGAUUAUCUGAUUUUUCUCUAUCUGUUUUAAUCAUAUUAUUUUCAGCCCGGAGCAUCCUUUUAAAAGCUGAAAAUAAAUAGCCUAUUAUGGUGAGGAAAUCAGCAUUUUCAAAGAAAUACCAUAGGACAACACAUGAAACUUUUGAAAUCAGUAUUUUGCAUGAAACUAGUAUUAUUCUCAUUUUUUGUCUCACCUGCAUAGCAGAGUGAGACUAUAGGCGCCGCUUUUCCGACGGCGACGGCGACGGCGGCGUCAACACCAAAUCUUAACCUGAGGUUAAGUUUUUGAAAUGACAGCAUAACUUAGAAAGUAUAUGGACCUAGUUCAUGAAACUUGGCCAUAAGGUUAAUCAAGUAUUACUGAACAUCCUGCCUGAGUUUCAUGUCACAUGACCAAGGUCAAAGGUCAUUUAGGGUCAAUGAACUUAGACCAUGUUGGGGGAAUCAACAUCAAAAUCUUAACCUAAGGUUAAGUUUUUGAAAUGUCAUCAUAACUUAGAAAAUAUAUGGACCUAGUUCAUGAAACUUAUACAUAAGGUUAAUCAAGUAUCACUGAACAUCCUGCAUGAGUUUCACGUCACAUGACCAAGGUCAAAGGUCAUUUAUGGUCAAUGAACUUUGGCCGAAUUGGGGGUAUCUGUUGAAUUACCAUCAUAACUUUGAAAGUUUAUGGAUCUGAUUCAUGAAACUUGGACAUAAUAGUAAUCAAGUAUUACUGAACAUCCUGUGCAAGUUUCAGGUCACAUGAUCAAGGUCAAAGGUCAUUUAGGGUCAAUGAACUUUGGCCAAAUUGGGGUAUUUGUUGAAUUACAGCCAUAAUUUGAAAGUGUGUUAGUCUAGUUCAUAAAACUUGGACAUAAUAGUAAUCAAGUAUCACUGAACAUCCUGUGCGAGUUUCAGGUCACAUGAUCAAGGUCAAAGGUCAUGUAAGGUCAAAGAACUUUGGCCACGUUGGGGGUAUUUGUUGAAUUGCCAUCAUAUCUCUAUAAGUGUAUUGGUCUAGUUCAUAAAGCGUGGAAAUAAGAGUAACCAAGUAUCACUGAACAUCUUGUGCGAGUUAUAGUAGUUUUCAAAAUCAGCACUGCUGCUAUAUUGAAUCGCGUGAUGCAGGUGAGACGGCCAGAGGCAUUCCACUUGUUGUUACUGAUAAAUGAAAAUCAAUACUACUUGGUCACUCUACUUUGAACAGCAUUGUAAAUCACUUUUGCGUGAUAUUGAACAAUAAAGUUUUGUAUUCAAAUGAUGAUUUUAUGAAGAUGACCGGGAAAUCCUUAAAAAGGAAGAAAAAUCAAGACAUAUUCUGGUGGUAUGUGUACGUUAAGUUAAGAUAAAAUAAAAUUAAUUUACUAUGCAUCA